AUGUCGGCAUCGGCCGGAGGACCCAGCGGGGAUCGCGAACAAGACACUACCCAACCUGCCACCAUGUCUUCCCAGAAGCCUCCAGAUAUCUACUCCAUCCCUGAUACAGAUCAGGCAGUAACUCAAAACGAGCAAGAUAAAAAACCAAAGAAAUCCAAGAAAAAUGACAAGAAAGUGGAAAGCCUGAAAAAGGAACUUGAAAUUACGGACCACACGUUAAGCGUAGAUGAACUGCAGAAGAAAUACUUAGUGGACAUUAACCAGGGCCAUAGCACUGCCACCGCAGAGGAGAUUCUUGCUCGGGAUGGACCUAACAAACUUUCUCCUCCAAAAGGAACCCCUGAAAUUGUCAAAUUUCUAAUGCUUAUGGCAGGUGGAUUUUCCAUUGUGUUCUGGAUCGCAUCUGCUUUGUGUUUCCUUGCCUAUGGUCUACAAGCAGCACAGGAUCCUAAUGUUGCUAAAGACAAUCUCUGGUUGGCCCUUAUCCUAAUUGCUGUGGUAGUGAUGACUGCCCUCUUUGCAUAUUACCAGGAAGCCAAAAGUACAAACAUUAUGGCCGGCUUUAAGAACAUGGUUCCUCAGCAAGCCCUUGUUCUUCGGGAUGGAAAACGCAUAGAACUACUAGCGGAGAAGCUUGUUGUAGGUGACAUUGUUCAUGUAAAAGGAGGAGACAAACUCCCAGCUGACUUGCGCAUACUGGAGAGCCACGGUUGCAAGGUUGACAACUCAUCACUGACUGGUGAGUCAGAAGCACAACCUCGAGGUGUAGAUUGCACAGAUGAGAAUCCACUAGAAACCAAGAACCUUGGGUUUUACUCUACCACGUGCUUGGAAGGGACGGCAUCUGGAAUCGUCAUAAACACAGGUGACCAUACAGUGAUUGGACGUAUUGCUUCUCUGGCCUCACAAGUUGGAGAUCAGAAGACACCCAUAGCUCUGGAGAUUGAGCACUUUGUCCAUCUAAUCAGUGGUCUUGCAGUGGGUGUUGGAGUAAUUUUCUUUAUAAUUUCCAUCUCUAUGGGAUACAGUGCUCUCAAUGCCGUUAUAUUCUGCAUUGGUAUUGUGGUGGCCUAUGUGCCUGAAGGUCUACUGGCUACUGUCACUGUCUGCUUGUCACUUACUGCAAAACGUAUGGCAAGGAAAAAUUGUUUAGUUAAGAACCUGGAGGCUGUAGAAACACUUGGAUCUACCUCGGUCAUCUGCUCUGACAAGACUGGCACCCUGACACAGAACCGCAUGACUGUGGCGCAUAUGUGGUUUGAUAAAAUUAUUCACAAUGCGGACACCAGUGAGGAUGGCACUGGAGAAAUGUUUGAUCAGAGCUCACCUACCUGGCAAGCAUUAGGUAGAAUCGCCACCCUGUGCAACAGGGCAGAAUUCUGUGCAAAUCAAGAGGACGUUCCCAUCAGCAAAAAAACAGUCAAUGGUGAUGCCUCAGAAGCAGCUUUGUUGAAAUUUACGGAGCAGAUCUUUGGGGACGUGUUAGAAAUUAGAAAAAGAAAUAAAAAAGCGUUGGAGAUUCCAUUCAACUCCAGCAAUAAGUACCAGGUUUCUAUUCACGCCCCAGAAGAUCUUGCUGAGCAAGGCUACUUGCUGGUAAUGAAAGGGGCACCGGAGCGCAUCUUGGACAGAUGUAGCACCAUCAUGAUUGGAGGACAGGAAUGGCCACUGGAUGAUGAAAUGAAAGACCAUUUUCAGGAAGCAUAUUUAGCUCUGGGAAGUCUAGGAGAAAGAGUUCUUGGGUUUUGCCAAUUAGCACUUCCAUCUUCAGCUUAUGGACCUGGUUAUCCAUUUGAUGCAGAAAGUGAAAAUUUCCCACUAAAUGAUCUAUGCUUUGUUGGUCUCAUCUCUAUGAUUGAUCCACCUCGUUCCAGCGUUCCUGAUGCCGUCAUGAAGUGCCGCAGUUCUGGAAUUAAGGUUAUCAUGGUGACUGGUGACCAUCCAAUUACUGCAAAAGCUAUUGCCAAAUGCGUAGGCAUUAUCUCAGCUAACAGCGAGACAGUAGAUGACAUUGCAAAAAGGCUUGGAGUCCCAAUUGAAAGAGUAAAUCCAAGAGAUGCCAAGGCAGCCGUGGUGAAUGGAGGAGAAAUAAUUGACAUGACUUCUGAUGAGUUGGAUGACAUCUUAAAACAUCACGAAGAAAUUGUGUUUGCAAGAACAUCACCACAGCAGAAGCUUCUCAUUGUUGAAGGAUGUCAGAGACUAGGAGCUAUUGUGGCUGUUACUGGAGAUGGAGUAAAUGACUCCCCAGCGUUAAAGAAAGCAGAUAUUGGUGUUGCCAUGGGAAUUGCUGGAUCAGAUGCUGCCAAACACGCUGCAGACAUGAUUUUGCUGGAUGAUAACUUUGCUUCAAUUGUGACUGGUGUAGAAGAAGGACGCCUGAUAUUCGACAACUUGAAGAAGUCAAUUUCCUAUACAGUAACUAAGAACAUUCCCGAGAUGAUCCCCUUUAUCGUCUAUGUGAUUCUCAGCUGCCCGUUGCCUGUAGGAACCAUCACCAUUCUCUUCAUUGAAUUGGGCACUGACAUUAUCCCAUCAAUUGCUCUGGCUUAUGAAAAGGCAGAAAAUGAUAUUAUGACAAGAAAACCACGAAACCCUCACAAAGAUCGAUUGGUGAACAUAAAGUUGCUUUCCUAUUCCUAUUUUCACAUAGCUGCCAUGGAAACAUACGCCGGGUUUGUGAAUUAUUUUACCAUCAUGGCUGAGCAGGGAUUCCUUCCUAUAAACACUAUUAAUCUUCGAGUCAACUGGGAGGACAAGACUAUCAAUGAACUAGAGGAUAGUUAUGGACAAGAAUGGACAUACAGACAGCGCUUGUGUCAGGAGUGGUAUUGCUACUCAGGGUUCUUCAUUAGUAUUGUUGUCUGCCAGAUGAUGAACACGGUCAUUCGAAAGACAAGGAGAAACACCCUGUUUACACGCAACUUCUUCAGGAAUAAAGUCAUCUUUUAUGGAUUACUGUCACAAGUGGCUAUUGGGGCAUUUCUGUGUUACAUCCCUGGCAUGGAUGAUGCCCUGCAUUUUAUGCCUAUUCGCGUUCAGUAUUGGUUUGUGGGAAUUCAAUAUACGAUCAUGAUCUUGGUUUAUGAUGAACUGAGAAAACUGCUCAUGAGGAAGUACCCUGGAAGUUGGGUGGAUGAAGAAUUUUACUAUUAA